GCUUUCAGCAUAUUCACUGCAGACCUGGCACAUGACGUCGAAGAGUGAUGCCAACUACAAUGGACCUGAUUCCUUCAUUCUUUUUCCGGAGGGCACACAGUGAUGCAUCAAAGAAAAGUGGCCUAAUGGUCUCCGGGACACCGCCAGCCAGGCUAGCUGCUGGCGGAGGCUGUGCGUUAUCAGUUGUGCUCCAGCAGUUGUGGAAGCAGUACCUAUUUCCUAGUUUAAAACAAGCCAUCUUCAGCUACAGUAGCCUCUUACAAAAAGGUGCCAAAUGGGUUGGAGUUGGCGUUUGUUGUGGAUGACAGUGGCGGCUUUUGCAGCAAGCAGCGCCACUCCAGUAACGCCAUCACCACUAGCGUCGCCAGCACCACCACUAGCGUCGCCAGCACCACCACUAGCGUCGCCAGCACCACCACUAGCGUCGCCAGCACCACCACUAGCGUCGCCAGCACCACAAGGACCACCACACAUCAUACUCAUGGUGGCUGAUGACCUCGGGUGGAACGACGUAUCAUGGCACAACCCCCAGGUGUUGACGCCACAUUUGGAGUCCCUGGCUCGUGAUGGCAUCAUCCUGGAGCAGUCCUAUGUUCAACCUAUCUGCUCCCCUACACGAUCAGCUCUCCUCUCUGGCCGCUACCCCUUCACCAUCGGCAGGCAGCACAGCGUCCUGAGCCCCGGGGAACCCAAGGGACUGGACCUCCAGUUAAAGCUCCUCCCACAGGCUCUCAAAGAGUCCGGCUACCACACUCACGCCGUCGGCAAAUGGCACCUUGGAUUCUGCUCCUGGGACUACACCCCCACCCUGAGAGGCUUCGACACCUUCUACGGCUACUACACCGGCUCCGAGGACUACUUCACUCAUCAACGCUCAAGAGACCUUGACUCUAAAAUGGACUCGUGCAGCAAUAUCAACUACUGUUAUGAUCUCAACAACUCCACUGCAGGAAAGACAACAGGUACGAGAAAACAAGAGUGGCUGGACUUGAGAAACAACACUACUCCUGACAGCAGCCAAGAUGGAGUCUAUUCUACGUACAUGUUUGCAUCGUACGUUGAGGAGCUGCUGAGGAGCAGAAGUGCUGAGGAGCCCAUGUUCCUGUACCUGCCCCUGCAGAGUGUACACGCUCCACUCCAGGUACCAGACAACUACACUACCCCGUACCUCUACAUCACUGAUACCAACCGUCGCACCUACCUUGGUAUGGUGAGUGCCAUGGACGAGGCAGUGGGUCGUGUGGUGGCGGCUCUGAAGACAACUGGCCAUUACGAUAACUCGGUCAUCAUCUUCACCUCUGAUGUUAGUGUUAAAUUAUAUUCAGUAUUGUGGACUAGGAGAUAAUCAUUGGUAAUCUUUAU